AUGCUUCGUCAGCACGCCAGUCCGUCAGUUCGCCCACGGCAUCAGGGCAACUCGAGCCAAUCCUUGCGCGCCCUCUCUUCCUCUGCGCCGUCUCUGACUGUUGCAUUCGCACUCGACCGCUUCAGAGCGAGUGUUGCACCCGCCGUCCCUCCGCCAAGGCACCGGGCCAGCACACCACUAUGCCGCACGUGGAGAUGGCACAGGACCCUCUACGCUGGCUGGCAAAAUGAUGAUUCUACGCUGCCCGACCUGUCCUGGUGGGACGCGUAUCACCCUUACGCCGAGCACGGCGACUUCUUCGACGACCUGCACGCUUCGUUCCCCAACAACUCGGAGCUUUUCGUCGCCGGCAAGUCGUACGAGGGCCGUGACAUUUACGGCAUUCACUUCUGGGGCAAGGACGGCAAGGAUGCGAACCCUGCCGUGUCGUGGCACUCGACCGUCCACGCCCGCGAGUGGGUGUCUGCUCUGACGACCGAGUACCUCGCUUACAAGCUCAUCUCGGGUUACCUCGAGGGCGAUAAGGGCACUCAGGCUCUCGUCGACAAGUUUGACUACUACGUCAUUCCCUUUGUGAACCCCGACGGUUUCGUCUUCACCCAGACGUCAACCCGCCUCUGGCGCAAGAAUCGUCAGCCCCGCGCCAACACGACGUGCGUCGGCACCGACGGCAACCGCAACUGGCCCUUUGGCUGGCACUACCCGGGUGGCGCCUCGGACAACCCCUGCGGCGAAACCUACCGCGGCCUCGCCGCCGCCGACACGCCCGAGAUUGCCUCGCUCGUCGCCUGGACCGAGACGGUCAAGGCCAAGCACGGCGUCAAGCUCUUCAUCGACUUCCACUCCUACGGCCAGUACGCCCUGCAGCCCUACGGCUACGACUGCUCCGUCGUGCCCCCCAACUUUGAGCGCCAGGUCCACGUCGCCAAGUGCUACGCCGACGCCGUCUUCGCCGUCAACGGCUCCAAGUACGUCUACGGCUCCAGCUGCCGCGAGCUCUACGCCACCACCGGCAGCGCCCCCGACUUCCACUCGGGCGCCGUCGAGGCCGAGUUUGCCUGGACCAUUGAGCUGAGGCCCGCGUCCGCCGGCGCCGGCGGCUUUGUCCUGCCGCCCGAGCAGAUCCGUCCCAACGUCGAGGAGCAGUGGGCUGGUCUGCAUUGUGCGGAAUGCCUCCGAAAGCUGUCUUGGUGCUCUUGUCCGACACGAGUAGACGGCGAUGCAAAUGAGACCGCUCUCGACAUUCCGCCGGAGAUUUCCGCAGCAUGA